AUGGGAGCCUCGCAGUCUGCGGGCACUGAACACGAGUUCCAGGAUCUGGCUGAUCGAACUGGAUUUUCCCUGGAGCAGAUUGGCAACAUCAACAAGAGAUUCAGACAGCUGAGUAACAAUGAGGAGACACUAAGCGCCCUCAUACAGUCUACCAACGCCCUCAUACAGUCCACCAACGCCCUCAUACAGUCCACCAACGCCCUCAUACAGUCCACCAACGCCCUCAUACAGUCCACCAACGCCCUCAUACAGUCCACCAACGACCUCAUACAGUACACCAACGCCCUCAUUCAGUCCACCAACAACCUCAUUCAGUCCACCAACGCCCUCAUACAGUCCACCAACACCCUCAUACAGUCCCCCAACACCCCCCUACAGUCCACCAACGCCCUCAUUCAGUCCACCAACACCCUCAUACAGUCCACCAACACCCCCCUACAGUCCACCAACGCCCUCAUUCAGUCCACCAACACCCUCAUACAGUCCACCAACACCCCCCUACAGUCCACCAACGCCUUCAUUCAGUCCACCAACGCCCUCAUUCAGUCCACCAACGCCCUCAUACAGUCCACCAACAACCCCCUACAGUCCACCAACGCCCUCAUUCAGUCCACCAACGCCCUCAUACAGUCCACCAAAGCCCUUAUUCAGUCCACCAACACCCCCCUACAGCCCACCAACGCCCUCAUUCAGUCCACCAACGCCCUCAUACAGUCCAGCAACACCCCCCUACAGUCCACCAACGCCCUCAUUCAGUCCACCAACGCCCUCAUACAGUCCACCAACGCCCUCAUACAGUCCACCAACGCCCUCAUACAGUCCACCAACGCCCUCAUACAGUCCACCAACGCCCUCAUACAGUCCACCAACGCCCACAUACAGUCCACCAACGCCCUCAUACAGUCCACCAAUGCCCUCAUACAGUCUACCAACGCCCUCAUACAGUCCACCAACGCCCUCAUACAGUCCACCAACGCCCUCAUACAGUCCACCAACGCCCUCAUACAGUCCUCCAAUGCCCUCAUACAGUCCUCCAACGCCCUCAUACAGUCCACCAACGCCCUCAUUCAGUCGUCCAACGCCCUCAUACAGUCCAGCAACACUCCCCUACAGUCCACCAACGCCCUCAUACAGUCCACCAACGCCCUCAUACAGUCCACCAACGCCCUCAUACAGUCCACCAACGCCCUCAUACAGUCCUCCAAUGCCCUCAUACAGUCCUCCAACGCCCUCAUACAGUCCACCAACGCCCUCAUUCAGUCGUCCAACGCCCUCAUACAGUCCAGCAACACUCCCCUACAGUCCACCAACGCCCUCAUUCAGUCCACCAACGCCCUCAUACAGUCCACCAACGCCCUCAUUCAGUCCACCAACGCCCUCAUACAGUCCACCAACACCCCCCUACAGUCCACCAACGCCCUCAUUCAGUCCACCAACGCCCUCAUUCAGUCCACCAGCGCCCUCAUUCAGUCCACCAACGCCCUCAUACAGUCCACCAACGCCCUCAUACAAUCCACCAACGCCCUCAUACAGUCCACCAACGCCCUCAUACAGUCCACCAACGCCCUCAUACAUUCCACCAACGCCCUCAUACAGUCCACCAACGCCCUCAUACAGUCCUCCAACGCCCUCAUACAGUCCUCCAACGCCCUCAUACAGUCCACCAACGCCCUCAUACAGUCCACCAAAGCCCUCAUACAGUCCACCAACGCCCUCAUACAGUCCACCAAUGCCCUCAUACAGUCCACCAACGCCCUCACAUCCACCAACACCCUUAUACAGUCCACCAACGCCCUCAUACAGUCCACCAGCGCCCUCAUGCUGUCCACCAGCGCCCUCAUGCAGUCCACCAACGCCCUCAUGCAGUCCACCAACGCCCUCAUACAGUCCACCAACGCCCUCAUACAGUCCACCAACACCCUCAUACAGUCCACCAACGCCCUCAUACAGUCCACCAGCGCCCUCAUACAGUCCACCAACGCCCUCAUACAGUCCACCAGCGCCCUCAUACAGUCCACCAACGCCCUCAUACAGUCCACCAACGCCCUCAUUCAGUCCACCAACGCCCUCAUACAGUCCACCAACACCCCCCUACAGUCCACCAACGCCCUCAUUCAGUCCACCAACGCCCUCAUUCAGUCCACCAGCGCCUCAUUCAGUCCACCAACGCCCUCAUACAGUCCACCAACGCCCUCAUACAAUCCACCAACGCCCUCAUACAGUCCACCAACGCCCUCAUACAGUCCACCAACGCCCUCAUACAUUCCACCAACGCCCUCAUACAGUCCACCAACGCCCUCAUACAGUCCUCCAACGCCCUCAUACAGUCCUCCAACGCCCUCAUACAGUCCACCAACGCCCUCAUACAGUCCACCAAAGCCCUCAUACAGUCCACCAACGCCCUCAUACAGUCCACCAACGCCCUCAUACAGUCCACCAACGCCCUCACAGUCCACCAACGCCCUCAUACAGUCCACCAACGCGCUCAUACAGUCCACCAACACCCUUAUACAGUCCACCAACGCCCUCAUACAGUCCACCAGCGCCCUCAUGCUGUCCACCAGCGCCCUCAUGCAGUCCACCAACGCCCUCAUGCAGUCCACCAACGCCCUCAUACAGUCCACCAACGCCCUCAUACAGUCCACCAACACCCUCAUACAGUCCACCAACGCCCUCAUACAGUCCACCAGCGCCCUCAUACAGUCCACCAACGCCCUCAUACAGUCCACCAACGCCCUCAUACAGUCCACCAACGCCCUCAUACAGUCCACCAGCGCCCUCAUACAGUCCACCAGCGCCCUCAUACAGUCCACCAACGCCCUCAUACAGUCCACCAACGCCCUCAUACAGUCCACCAACGCCCUCAUACAGUCCACCAACACCAACAUAUAGUCAGUCCAUCAUUGUCUGUUACCCAUAUCCAUGUAUUCAUAACACAUCACCUCUUCAUUGAAAAUAGUUUGAGUAUUAUUUACCUAAACUAAGGGUACUAUUCAAUCAGAUCCGCUUUAGCCGACAUCCACAUAGCGGUUGUUUUGGCGGUGUCGGAGGUGAAACUGUGUUAGAGCUGUCAAAUCCACAAGCAGCUCCUGGUAUUAUACCUAAAGAGAACAUGAGAUGCCAAAGAAACUUCUAGUUGGUAAAUGGUAAAUGUAAGUUGACAGUAAGAAUGGAGACCCUGACAAUGCAUGUGCUCCCACCUUUAUACAGUGGGGCAAAAAAGUAUUUAGUCAGCCACCAAUUGUGCAAGUUCUCCCACUUAAAAAGAUGAGAGAGGCUUGUAAUUUUCAUCAUAGGUACA